AUGGACGCCAGGUCUGCGACCUCUGAGCCUCAGCAUUCUUAUCCCCCAAGCCCCUGGACGGCGACUUCCACUUCAACGUCGAUUUCCACAGACUCGACCAGCAACGGGGCGGCGCACUCGCAAUCGUCGGAAAGUCCCCCGGACGUAGCUGCUCACCCCGUCCCUGCCGGGGCUGCAGCACCCUUUGCCUCACACCUCGACUUCCUCCCCUUUCUCUUCCCUCAGCAAAACAUCUAUCACGCCCAGCUUCUACAUUACAACAAGCUCAUCUCUCCCGCUCGCGGAGGUGGACUCCAGACUCCGCCGCUGCCUCCCGUCGUGUCCUCCCCCCACGUGCAGGCUGGACCCCGAUCAAGAUCUUCUAGCAGAGUGUCCCUGAAAGACGGAUCGGCUAGCAAAGGGGCCGCAUCGGGAGGCAAUGGGAGCCGCUCGCAUCACAACUCCGACAAAAACAACCGGUCGGUUAUAACGCCCAAAGAUACCUCUUCCAAGAUGCCUCCAAAACAAGCGGCCGAGGCCUCGAGGAGUGUGCCCCAGCGAUCCAAUGCAGCAGCAUCAUUAUCUCACGGCCAGUCUCACUCGAGCUCAGUACCUUCCACCCCUCAUCAGCAUGCUCGACAGUUUUCUUUUGAAUCGCGGGAGCCGUCUCCCAAUGCCGCCCACAACCACUCCCCUCGCUCGGCAUACUCAGAAACAAAUGGCACAUUACCCUCGUUGAGACCAUUGCCGCCCAAAUUUGGCGGAUGCAAGUACGAGACCGCUCAGGUCAACUCAAGACGCAGAAUCCCGUACUCCGUUGGAAGCGACCGACUCGAAAAGCUGGAUUUGAGAACCGUCAAGAAUAAGCUGACUGACGACGAAGAGAGGAAAUUAUCCACAGAUAUGCGCGAGAUUUACAAUCGGUUAUUACCGACCGAGGAGGUGGAGGAAAAGCGCAAAAAAUUGGUCCAGAAGCUUGAACAGAUAUUCAACGACGAGUGGCCGGGUCACGAUAUUCGAGUGAAUUUGUUCGGCUCCUCUGGCAAUCUGCUAUGCUCAGACGACUCAGACUUGGACAUCUGCAUCACCACAUCAUGGCAAGAACUGGAAGGUGUUUGUAUAAUAGCUGAUCUGCUUGCGCGACGUGGCAUGGAAAAGGUCGUUUGUAUAUCUGCUGCCAAGGUACCGAUUGUAAAGAUCUGGGAUCCCGAACUGGGCUUGGCCUGCGAUAUGAACGUAAACAAUACCCUGGCUCUCGAAAACACCAGAAUGGUUCGCGUAUAUGUCGAAGCCGAUCCGCGUGUUCGCCAACUGGCCAUGAUAAUCAAGUACUGGACGAGGAGGAGGAUUAUCAAUGACGCUGGUUUUGGCGGCACAUUUAGCUCUUAUACGUGGAUAUGUCUUAUUAUCGCAUUUCUUCAGCUCCGAAGCCCACCAGUGCUCCCGGCCCUGCACCAAAUGCCCUACAAGAUGCCAAAAUCAGAUGGAACGGUCAGCGACUUUGCGGAUAACCUCAAGAAGAUCAGAGGGUUCGGCAACAAGAAUAAAUCAUCGGUUGCGGAGCUUCUGUUCCAGUUCUUUCGAUUUUACGCUCACGAAUUCGAUUACGACAAACAUGUGCUGAGUAUCAGGCAAGGAAAGCUCGUCACAAAGCAAGAGAAGAAGUGGCAUCAAGGCAUUAACAACCAACUCUGCGUUGAGGAGCCUUUCAAUAUUUCAAGAAACCUGGGAAAUACUGCCGAUGAGUACGCGUUUCGAGGACUUCACCUGGAACUUCGUCGUGCUUUUGACUUGCUCUCCGAGGCGAAACUGGACGAGGCAUGCGAACAGUACGUGUUUCCCAAGGAGGAGGAGCGCGUUUGGACUCGACCAGCACCGCAGCCUCGACCAGUUCUCCUUCGUAGCUCGUCUCAGUCACACUCUGGUCGUGGCGGCCGAGGUAAUCACCGGGGCGGACGGCACAACAACAACUUUCACAGAGGCGGCGGUGGCGGCGGAUCGAAUAGAAGGGCCUCAUCGAGUGUGCCGACAUAUGACCCAAACAUGGUGAUUACGCCUUUGGGUAUACCACAAGAUAUGGCGUGGUUCCAGACCCAGCAGUACCCGUUUCAGUACGCCCAGCAGGAUCUCAUGGCGCAAAUGGCCUAUCAUCAGGAGAGUAUGCGACAAUUUCACCUGUACACACAGCAGGCACCCUUUCUCCAGCACCCAGUCCUAGGUCAGCAGCAACAGCAACAGCAGCAGCAAAGGCUAUCUGCCAGCUCCGGUACGGGUCAACAGUCGUCAGACCGGUCGAGGACGAAUUCAUUCGAUAAUGUUCCUGUCAGCGCGCCAAUACGGCCCGAGUUGUACCCUUUUUAUGGCAUGAAUAUUGGCCACACGUUUCUCCCACAACAACCUGGCUAUGGAACUUAUCCCUCGACUCCUGCGACUACUGGUAACAAUCCAACACAAGAUUUCCGUCGAUCUCUUCAAAGGUCUACAGUCUCUACAGAGGGAGGUGCAUCAACAGCGAGCGGUUCGCUCCGAUCACAGUCUCAACCAGCACAACGAUCGCCCUCGGCACAUUCUAGCGCAAGCUAUCACCUAGGCAGCCAAACCCCGACAAGCGCCACCAUGGCAGCCUCGAAAAACGCGAACGGCAUCGCAAUCCCGAGCUUCAUGUCGGACGACGCUGAUUUCGAUGAGACUCCAAAAGCUGUGCCUGACUCCCCAGAGUCUUUAGAUGCCAAGUCAUCUAGUUUCUUCCAGUCACGAAGCCUGAGUCCGUCCAGGCAGCCAAAACUAUCGCAGAAGCAGCACUCCCAGCAGCAACAUUUGCCUAACGGUAUUGCCUUUGGGGAUCUUGCGGCACAAACUUCGAGUCCUGAACGGCGUAGGCUUUCAACUGAGCAGCUACCCCAAACCCUGCUGGACAGGAGAAUACGAAGGGCAUCUAGGUCCCCGUCUCCUUUGGGGCACACUCGGGCCUUUUCUGUAGGCGGGACAUCUUCAGCUCCAUUGGCAUCCGCGCCAUUCCCUGGCAGCCAAAAUAGCGGUAAAGUCUCGUCGAGGCCCCUUGUGGUCAAUGGUUCGGGGCUGAAGACAUCAGUGACUCCGCCAGGCCAAAAUCAUGUCAGCCAAGCAGAGCCGGCCAUGACACUUGGUGAUUCGCUCUCUUCCAACAUGGACAAUGCUCUACACAUAAGCACGGCUUCAGUCUGGGCGGCGCAGCAUCCAGUCAAUGCGGCGUUGCACGCAUCACCACAGACACAGGGUCAAUACGUGUCGUCACAAUCCCUACUAGACCGUCCACCAAUUGUGGUGAAUGGAUCCAGUGCUCCUUUAUCCAUCCCACACUCGGCAGAAGAGGCCUCAUUCAGGGAACGCAUUGCACUGAUGAACUCUUUCUAUUUGAGUAACCAACUAAACCAACAGGAAGUGCAAAAUGGGGGUACAUCACGGCUCUCCCCUUCCGCCCGGCAACGUUUGAUGUCCCGGCAACCCCAAAAUGGAGUAAUCGCCCCGUUGGAUCUCGCAAUUGGAGACGGCCGUGUGAAUAAACCUAUGGCAGCAGAGGCUACUCAUCUCUCCCCGGUGUACGAAACGCGGACCCCAUCGCCAAACACACUCCGAAAGCAAGAGCCGGCAGCGUCUGUUCCGUCCUGGUUGCCCAACAAACCGCCAGGUAAGAACGAAACGAGCAAGCCCAUCCGCGUGGACUCCUCCAAGGAUACCCAACAGGUGCAAGACAACCGAAGUCAAAUGCAGGUGGAUCCGGACAAGACUCAAAAGGUUCAGAAGUCGUUGGGAGGCUCAAAAGCAGCAGCACCACAGCGAGAAAAUGGACAUGUGCGAGCCGCUAGGAGUGAGGGCGAUGGCGGUUGGCAGAAAGCGGCUGGGAAGGGAAAGAAGAAGGCCAGCAGCAACCUAGUUGGCACACAGCCCCCGCAAGCCGAGCUCCCUCCAAUGGAUGAAUCCAAACGGAAAGGCGGAUAG